UAUAUUUUUCCUUCAUCAUUUUCUUUGUAUUGAACUCAGCUUUUUUCUUUCUUCCGAAACCCUUCUUCGCAUUUAGUGCCCCCUCCCUCCCAUUUCCGGCUUAGUGCUUAAUCUUCGCCGCCUCCCCCACGUACUCUCAGUUGCUUCCACCUACGCCGUCGCCGGCUUUUCAGAUCCACCUCAAGGUUCUGGUUUGUAAGGGAUAGAGUUGUUGUUGUGGCACUUUCAGAGAGGGGUUGUAAUUUGACCAUGCAAAAUUUGCAUAAUUUAAUUUACCGUCUCAGUUCCACUUCUCUUGGAAAAAAUACAAAUACUUCAAGACUUCUAAAACAAAAUGUAGGGUGUAAUUUACUUGUUGAUUCAGUUUCAACAUUGAAGCAUGUUCAAGGAGCUUGGUUAACCACUUUGAGAGAGUUCUCUGCGAAAUCUGGUGGAUUUGGUGGAGGUGAUACUAAGAAUGAAUGGGAUAAAAGUGUGAGCGAAUCGUUUUCUGGCCCGACAUCGGAUGAUUUAGGCUGGGAUUCUGCUUCCUCUUGGUCUACUGGAUUGACCAAAGAGCAUUUUGAUGGGGAGGCUGUAGGCCGCAGGGCUAGUGGAGGAGGUAAUUCAGAAUCACCCCAGUCUUCAUUAGUUUCUGGGUUGCAAGAAUUUGAAGACAAAGUAAGGGAACUAGAGGCGGAAAACCGGAAAAGCAAAGUCUAUGUGGAUAAGUGGGGUGAAAGGAUGAGGGAGACGAGCAUUCUUUUGAAACAAGUAAAAGAGCCUGGCGCUAGAGGAUCUUAUCUCAAAGACUCAGAGAAAGCCGAGAUGUAUCGCUUGCACAAGGAGAACCCUGAGGUAUAUACCAUCGAGAAGCUUGCUAAAGAUUACAGGAUUAUGAGGCAAAGGGUUCAUGCCAUUCUUUGGCUGAAAGAGCUUGAAGAGGAAGAGGAGAAAAAAUUGGGCCACCCGUUGGAUGAUUCUGUUGAGCUUUUACUCGAUAACUUCCCUGAAUUCUUUAAAUCCCAUGACCGAGAAUUCCAUGUGGCAUCCCUUCCGUACAAACCUGAUUUCAAGGUUAUGCCCGAGGGUUGGGAUGGUACAACCAGAGAUUUGGAUGAAGUCCAUUAUGAGAUUUCCCAAAAAGAAGACGAAAUGCUUUAUCAAGAAUUUGUCGAGAAGUUGAAUUUUAACAAAAAGAAAGUUGCAGGAGAGGUCUUCCGCCACAAAUAUAGUAGGCGUCGGGAUGCAGAUGGAUGGAAAUUCACAAUAGAGAAACUGGGACCUCGAGGAAAACAGGGAAGCGGUGGUGGAAGGAAGUUUGUCAGCUUGCCCAAUGGUUCAAGCCGGCCAUUGAACGAAAUGGAGAAGAUGUAUGUGAGGCGAGAAACACCUCGCCAUCGACGUAAAAUCCUUCCAUGAUAAGCUUCGAGCAGUUACCGGACAUCAUUUUGAUUGUGUAUUUCAUGAUAUAAAUAGUUUGAAAGAAACUGGAUACAUCCACCAGGAUGAUUUCACAAUUUUCUUGUUUGGCAUCAUCUGAAGUAGGAUUUUCUCUUUUUGUGACCGACCUGUUUUUGUUUGAACUUUCGUGCAUUGAUGUUGUAGUUUUCCCUGGUAGUUCAGUAUCUGCAUAACAGAUUCUUUUAAUAAUGUAGCCCAAGGAUAAAAAGGUUGGAGAAAAAUAUUGAUUAUAUAGUUGGAAGUUAAAACUUUCUUUUUAUUGCUUUA